GCAACCUCUGGGCGAGGCCUGCUUGCAGAUCAAAUGAUUGGCCUGCCGCCGAGGUCGCUCUUCGAGGCGGUCGCCCAUGCCAGGCUGGGGUCGAGGGGGCUUGUCACGUUCUCGAGCGACCCCGGCUGGGCCCACGAGAGGCUCUUCCUGUGGCCCGUCCCGCCAGACUCAGACGGUGGCCACUGGGCCAGCUACGUCUACACGCCUAGGGGUGACUUCUACGUGGAGCAGGAGACCGACUUCAGCAGCUCGGCCCUGCUCACAGGGCGGAAGGGCUACCCGACGGGCGUCCCUCAGGUGGUGGCGUUCAGCCGGGCCCUGGAGCCGGACGAGGUGGCUGAGCUCGUCACGACGGCGCGCGCCGAGGCCGUCGUGAUGACAGGGAGUGAGGGGCCCGAUCCCAGCGUGCCUGACGCGGUGGACUGGAGGGGGGGCCGGCUGGACCUUCCAGCCUACUCCCCGGUGCAGGCGCCGCGCCUCAGUGCCUCGGGCUGCCGGCUCCGAGGCAAGCAGGCCAUGCCCCUCCCCGUCGUCGACGUCGAGGGGGCGGGGGCUGCUCUCGUGCCAGCGUCGGAGCCAGGCGGCGGCGCGCCCACGCCCCUGCCAGAGGCCGCCGAUGGGCACGGCUGGCUGCGCAGCGACUUGGCCUGCUGGGGCGGAGCUUUCGCCCUCGGCACCGAGCUGCGACCUGGCCAACCACCGUGUGUCGGGCUGUGUGGGCGAGGCGAGUACGGCAUCGCCACCGAUCGCAGCGGAGGUCAUCACCCUGUGGAGCUCGUCGAGCUCGGUCGCGUGUCGGAGUGGUGCUGCAGGGGGCCUCCCGGCUCCGAGGCGGUGGCGACCCGCUCGAGAAGAGGCUGCUCGACGACGGGCCACCUCGGCCGCCCGCGCUGGCGCCCUCCACGGCCCGAGCCGAGGCGGCCGACGUCGACGACCCCCGCACGUGCUGGAUCGACUACGACUGACGCGGGGGUCAGGUACAAUGAGUGGAGGAAGGUGCUGCAGGAGGCCACUCAGGAGAGCGUCCAGACGGCUGGGCCCAGGGGGCUCCCAGUGUGCCUCCCCGUGUGCAGGAAGUUCCACAAGCACGGCGGGGCGCCCAAGGCCUGGUUCGCCGAGUGGGUUCGCGAGGUCGGCAUCUCGCGUAAGGGCCGGGCCUGGCAUGAGGUCGAGUGCCUCAUCGAGUGUCUCUGGCUGGCUGGCAGCUACGACCAGCCGAACGUGGGGGCCGUCGCGGCCCUGGAGGUGGUCGUCCGACGGCUGCUGCAGCGCGUGGAGGCCUACGCGAAGGGCGCGGGCAAUCCCAACUGGAGCGCGGCCAAGCACUUCAGCGCCACCUCCUCGGCCCUGGACCUCGCCCCCGAGGAGAUGCGCACGUGCGCCGCGCGCCAGGCGAAGGGCGAGCUGGAGCUGGAGAGCCUCCGCGUCCGCGCCCGCGCGCCCCACUCGGGGGCCGCCCUGGGCGCCGACGCCGCGGCCGCCGCCGCUUUGCGGGGGGCCCCCCCUCGCAGGCGCAGGCGGCUGCUGCGAGACAUCAGCGCGGCCAUCGAGGCGCUGAGUUGGAUGCGUGGAGGGGGUCAUCGGCCUGCCCCGCGGCAGAUGUCGGCGCCCACCGAGAAGAAGAUUUUGGGCCUACAAGCUGAUGUGCGGCAGCGCGUCGUGGAGGCGGCCCCCCGCUGGUGCGACGUUGACAGCGCCGUCGGCGAACGUGGAGCCUUGGCCAGGCUCUUGAAGGGGCGCUCGGGGCAUGCGCCGGCGCCUUCAUGCAGUGUCGGGUCCUGCGAGCACCCGAUGGUGUCGGAAGCACCUCGAGGAUCCUCGCACCUACGGCCGCCUUGUGCGGAGGGUAGCGAGAGUCGGCAUGGUGACCUUCACUCGAGACCCGGCCUGCGUACUGGGCGUUUAUUUUUCGUCGCCAAGAAGGCCGACAAGCUCAGGCUAAUCGUCGACAGCCGGCGAGCCAAGCAGCUGUUCCAGAAGCCUCCCGGCGUCGCCCUCCUGAGCGGCGAGGGGUUGUCCAGGGUGGAGAUCGACGACCCCGGGGGCCUCCUGGAGGGCCUGCCGGCCCACCUCGGCGUCGGGGACGUCGCGGACGGCUUCCAGAGGAUGAGGUUGGUGAAGACGGCGGCGGGCGACAUUCGGCGUUACUUCUGCCGGCCGCCCCUCGCGCCCAAGCGCGCCGGCAUCUCCGAGGUCGACGGCGCGGCUGUGAGGCCGGACGAGGAGAUCUGGCCCAUGUGCGCGAGCCCCCCGAUGGAUUUCUCGUGGUCGCUGCACUUUGCCCAGACCGCGAACGCCCAGCGCCUGGGUCGCCAGCCCGCGCUGCGGCAGAGCCGGGAGCUCUCGGACCGGGUGCCUUCCCUGGUCCUCGGCGGGCCUUCGGCCUCGGCAGGGUCCGGCCACUGCAUGUCCGUCGACAACGCUGGCGUGCUCUCCUUCGACGGCGACCUGGUAGGUCGCGCUCUGGCGGGGGCCCAGAGGGACUUCGACGCCGACGCGCUGCGCUUCCACGAGAUGGAGGUCUUCGACCACAGCGGGCCCUCCCAGGGCUGGCAUCUUGACGGCGACGCCCGAGUCGCCCGGCCCAGUGACAAGCGUUUCGCUCUGGUGCGCCGCGGCGUCCGGGCGUUGCUUCGACUGAGGAAGGUCUCUGGCUGGCAGGUCGAGGCCGUCCUCGGACGCGUCGCUUUCCUGUGUCUGAUGCGUCGGGAGCUCCUCUCGAUCUUCCACGCGGUGUAUCGUUUCGUUCGGGAGUCCUACGCGAAGUUCCAGCGGCUGUGGGACUCGGCUCAGGAGGAGCUCAACGCUUUCCUCCGGGCCAUGCUCUUCGUCGAGGCCGACUGGAGCCAGCCUUGGACGCCCUGCGUCUACGCCAGCGACGCGAGUCUCCACGGCUUCGGCGUCUCCCAGCCCCCCUGGCCGCAUCGCGACGUGGCCGAGGUCGGGCGCGUGCCGGAGCUCAGUCGCCACCGCCUGGGCGGCGCCCGGGCCCACGAGCACGCCUUCGAGGUCGCCGGCUUCAAGGUGGGCCCUGAGAGCGGCGACGUGGAGCGCGACUUCCACGGCCGGCCCGUGCGGCGCGACAGAGAGGCGAGGGAGAUCCUGGAGGCGGCGCGGUGGGAGCACAAUGAGGAUUUUGCUGAGGUGCCCAGCCGCCUCCUUGCCGGCGACCGCUGGCACACUAUUCUCGCUGAUCGUUGGCUGCAUGCCGACAACGGUCGGCGCCUUGAGGCCAGGGCGGUGGUCAAGGCCGACCCUGUUUCCGCGCCGAGCCUCAGCCAGACCGAUGCCGUGAGGGCCAUGGAUGGCCAGGCGACCCGCGUGCGCGCCCUGACCCUGGAGCGGGGUCUGGCCAGCCGCCUGGCGUUGUGCAGCCGUUCUCUGGAGCAGGGCUGGCCCGAGCGUCGCGCGGGCUUCGCCCGAGCGCAGACGACGGAGGCUUUCCUGGGGCAGGUGGCGGACGAGAUCCCUGGCAGGUUGGCCAGGGCGCCAGGCCCGGCCGACCGAGGCGUCCCCGCGGACAUCGAGGGAGAGGACGGCAGCGAGAGCGACGACUCCUCGGACCCCGAGGAGAGGGCGGCGUCAGCGGCCCGCCAGAGGGCUUUGCGGCGGCGCGGGAAGAACCACGUGCGCCAGUGCCUCAGCGCCCUGAUGGGCGCGGCACUCCUAGGCGCGCGGCUGACACCGCUGGAGGUUCGGUCCGUGACCGAGGCAGCCGCUGCCCAGCACCGCCAGCGCGUCCUCGCCUUCUUGAGCUGGGGCCCCUUCUCAGAGGCGGUGCUGAAUGAGCCCGCGCGCCUGGGCGUCGCCCUGGCCGACUUCAUGAACCGCGAGUUCGAGCAGGGUCACAAGAGCUGGAGGGGAGAGAAGCUCCUGGCGGGCAUCAUCUUUCACUCACUUCGCUACGGGAAGAACGGCUACGACAAGCUGCCGCGCACCCUGCGCGCGCUGAAGGGAUGGUGCAGAGCGUCGCCAUCUCGCUCGAGAGGGCCCUUGACAGCGGGCAUGCGGGUGUCCAUUGUGGUGGAGAUCGCGAGGCUGGGUUUCCUGAUGGCCGCAGUACUAACCUUGAUUAUGGUAGAGGGGUGCCUGCGCCCCGGAGAGAUACUGGGCCUGACGCCGGAGGGCAACCUGCGGUCCAAGACCGGCGAGAGCGACGACAGCAUCCCCUUGGACUCAAGGAGAUGCGGCUGGAUGGACGCGAUCGACCAGGUGUUCUCCAGGCGCCCCCAGGGCUCGGAGCGCCUCCUGGACUGGAGCUACCGCGAGUACGUGGGCGUCUUCAGGCGCGCUGCCGCCAACCUGAACUGGACAGUGGUGCCAGAUCAGGGGCGUCGCACGGGGGCCAGCGCCGACCGCGCCGAGAACCUCAGAACCCAAGAGCAGGCGAUGAAGCGCGGGAGGUGGCAGGCUCUUCGAAGUGUCAGGAGGUACGAGAAGGCUGGGCGCGUCAACCAGGCGCGGCGGGAGGUAGAUGCCGAGGACCAGGACCACGUCUGGCUCCUCGUGAGAAAAAUCGAAGGGAUCUUCCUACGAUGGGGAC